AUGGUCUUUCGAUCAUUCAGCAGAUUGGUGCAAACUACAUCAUCUCGUCAAGCAUCACUCGGCUCAGCAACAUGUGCAAAACCAUCUUCCUCGUCAACAUCAUCAUCAUUCCCUCCACUUCGAUAUCAUAUUUUCAAUGAACCGUUACCAUAUCCCGUAGGACUGAAACUGCAAAACGAUAUUAUUGACGUGAGGUUGAAAGCUAAGAAGGAAGAUCCUGUAGGGAGUAGAGGCACAGGUGAUGUCGUCCUAUUGCUUGAGCAUACACCGACGUAUACAACGGGACGAAGGGAUAAUUCACCUAAUCCAAAUGAAUUACAUCCAGAAGAAAAAAAAGUUCAAAAUGUAGGAGCAAGUUUUUAUAUAACUAAAAGAGGUGGUCAAGUGACAUAUCAUGGUCCUGGUCAAUUGGUUGGAUAUCCCAUAUUAGAUCUGAACGUAAUGGAGACACCAACGAGAUGUUAUGUCGAAUAUCUUCAAGCUAUGUUAGCUGAAUAUGCGAGAGAUGAUCUAGGUAUUAAAAAUGUAUCAGCUCCUCAUCCCGAUGGUCAUGUUGGUGUCUUUUCUUCACCUAUAGAGAAGUUCGCAUCAAUAGGUAUUCACCUGUCACAUCGAAUAACAUCCCAUGGAUUCGCAAUGAACGUUACCCCUUCACCAAUCAAAUGGUUCGAUCUAGUUAUGGCAUGUGGUUUGGCUGAUGUUCACGCCACUUCAGUACAUGAUCUCUUAGCUCGAUCAUCAUCAGAAAACGGUUUCUUACCUCCAGCUUUACCGUCAGUUAAUCAAGUCGCACAUUCCUUGAUACCAAAAUUCGGUGAAAUGUUCUCAAGGGACAUAGCACCUCUUACGAAUGAAAAUGGCGAGGAGGGCAAAGAGUUGGAAUCAAUUUUGCAAUUAGUUGAAAAGGCUGAAAAGGAAGCUAAAGAUAUAAAUCAGAAACAUGGCCGUUUUCCUCUUGAACCCGAUUUAUCUAAAAGCAAAAGGGUCACGAUCUGA